AUGAACUGCAGAAGAGUGCUACAGGAAGCGAGCGAACGAACGACCAUCGACCACGGAGACGCGCGCACUUCUCCGCGCGCGGGCCGCACCCUCGCCGGGUGGCCGCACAUGUCGUGUCGUCUCGCGCGCUCACCCUCCGCGCCGCCUUCGCACUCUCCCUCCUCUCGCGCGCGCGCUCGUCGCGUCGCCGCCACGCUCGGCGUUCGAGCGACCGCGUCGUCGUCCGGGGCUGAGAAGCAGCGAACGAUGGCGCCCCGGCCGUCGCCGUCGUCGAACGACCGCGACGACUCGGGCGCGUGGUGGACGCAGCGCGUCGUCACGCUGCGCCCCAAGUCGAACGGCAUCUUCAUAUGGACGAACAAGCUCCGCGACGAGGUCCCGGAGAUCCGCGACGCGAAGACCGGGGUGGUCAACCUCUUCGUUCGCUCCCAUUCCGCCGCGCUGACGAUCAACGAGAACGCGGACCCGGACGUCCGCGACGACCUUCGACGCGCGCUGGACGCCAUCGUCCCAGGCGACGCGGACGCGGACGUCGCCGCGCGCGUCAGCUUCGUCGGGGUGUCGAUCGACGUCCCCGUGCACGACGGCCGGCUCGCGUUCGGGACGUGGCAGGGGCUGUACCUCGCGGAGUGGGGCGGCGGCGGCAGGGACGUUGAGGUGGUCGUCACGAUGCGUCGCGUCGACGACGCGAAGACGACGCGCGUCGCGACGGUCACCGCGCCGUCGCGCGGGUGCCACCUCGUCCAGGACCAGAUCGACGCCGCGAUCGCGCCGGCGCUGAAUCACGCGUCAGAAGAAGAAGCGAAGCGGUCAAAACGGUCGAUGACGGACGGUUACGGUCACGACGCGGCGUCGCCCCCCGCGCUCGUGAACCUUCUCGUGCGGCACACGUCGGCGUCGCUCACCGUCAACGAAAACGCGGACCCGUCCGUCCGCGUCGACAUGGAGGGCGCGCUGAACCGGAUCGUCCCGGAGUCGUGGAACGACGCGAUGUUUAAGCACGUGGACGAGGGCCCGGACGACAUGCCCGCGCACGUGAAGAGCACGCUGUUCGGCGCGUCCGUCACGGUGCCCGCGUCGGGACAUCGGCUGCGAUUGGGGACGUGGCAGGGCGUGUACCUCGCGGAGCAUCGAAACGUGGGCGGGUUCGGUGGCGGGCACGCGCGGGAGAUCGCGUGCUCGGUGACCGGCGGCGGCGCGCAGAGCGUCGUGACGCUGACCGCGCCGGGGAGAGGCGCGCACGACGUCACGGAGGCGAUCGCCGCGGGGUUGAAGGCGUUGCGGGCGGCGGGCGGGGUCGGGGGCGGGGUCGCCGCCGGGUGGUUGAACCUGUUCAUUCAGCACACGUCCGCGUCGUUGACGGUGUCGUCGCGCGCGACGGCGACGGCGCCGCGCGCGGCGGAGGCCGAGACCGAGGCCGCGGCGCGGCUCGAGAGCGCGCUGAGCGCGACGGUGCCGGAGCGAUGGAACGACGAGUUCUUCACGCACACGUACGAGGGCCCGGACGACAUGCCCGCGCACGUCAAGAGCAGCCUGAUGGGCGCGUCGCUGACCGUUCCGGUCGUGAACGGCGAGUUGGGUUUGGGGGUGUUACAGGGGGUGUUUCUGUGCGAGCACAGGGACGGCGGCGGGUUCGGGUGUAACUUGAAUCGCAGCGUCGUCCUCACGCUUCAGGGCGUCGACGAUCGAUGA